UGUCGCUGUCCUAGCGUUCCUCUUUUCGCCGUGUUUGUAGCAGAGAAAUCUGGCGCUGUGCUGGAAAUAGAGCUGCUCGUGUAAUAAUAUAACUGCGCUAAUUGUAUCUUUUUUUCUUCUUUUAAAUAAACAACUGGUUAAGAAAUCUCCAUGUUCUGAACUAGACUAGCGUUCGGUGGAUCAUUAGGACGCGCUGUGUAGAUGCUGAGUUGGAUCAGGUGUUACAAUAUAAACAGUGUUCCCUCUCCACGGUGCAGGAAUGAGCUUCUUCGGUUUUGGACAGAGCGCUGAAAUCGACAUAGUUUUGAAUGAUGCCGAGACGCGGAAAAAGGUGGAACACAAGACAGAAGAUGGGAAAAAGGACAAGUACUUCUUAUUCUACGACGGCGAGACGGUUUCUGGCAAAGUCAACAUCACGCUUAAAACCCCGGGGAAAAGACUCGAGCACCAGGGCAUUAAGAUCGAGUUUAUCGGGCAGAUCGAGUUGUACUAUGACAGAGGGAACCAUCACGAGUUUGUAUCUCUGGUAAAGGAUCUGGCUCGGCCAGGUGAAAUGAGCCAGUCUCAGACAUUUGACUUUGAGUUCACGCAUGUGGAGAAACCAUACGAGUCUUACACGGGCCAGAACGUCAAACUCCGCUAUUUUCUCCGAGCAACAGUCAGCAGAAGGCUAAAUGACAUUAGCAAAGAGAUGGACAUCGUUGUGCACACUCUCAGCACAUAUCCAGAGUUGAACUCCUCCAUUAAGAUGGAAGUGGGGAUUGAGGACUGCCUACACAUUGAGUUUGAGUACAACAAAUCCAAGUACCAUCUGAAGGAUGUGAUAGUUGGAAAGAUUUAUUUCCUUUUGGUGCGGAUUAAAAUCAAGCACAUGGAGAUAGACAUAAUUAAAAGGGAGACGACAGGAACUGGACCCAAUGUCUACCAUGAAAACGACACCAUCGCCAAGUAUGAAAUCAUGGAUGGAGCACCAGUCAGAGGCGAAUCAAUCCCAAUUCGACUCUUCUUGGCUGGCUACGAAAUGACUCCCACAAUGAGAGACAUCAACAAAAAGUUCUCUGUUCGCUAUUACCUCAAUCUGGUGCUCAUCGAUGAAGAGGAGAGACGUUACUUCAAACAACAGGAGAUCACAUUAUGGCGGAAGGGGGACAUUGUAAGGAAGAGCAUGUCCCAUCAAGCUGCCAUCGCUUCACAGCGCUUCGAGGGCUCUGCCAGUGCAGAGAAGGCCAUCGCCCAGGCCAAGGAGGAAGAGGAUUAAUAACCUGCAAAAGGAGUCUCUGAGUGUAAUAUUGUGCGUGUCUGUGUGUGUGUGUGUGUCUGUGUGUGUAUUUUCCAACACACCUGUUUUGAAUGUAUAAAAAUAGGGGUGCAGCUAUGGCAUGAUGGUCUUUUCCAUUCCUAACCAUUAUAUUCUAUGAUUGGAAAAAAAAGAAGCUUGAAAAUAGCAUUUUAAGAAGCGGUGUAAAUGGGGAAGGUAAAUGUUCCUUUAAAGUCUUGUUUGCCAAUAUGGAGCAAUUAAGUCUAACCAGGACUUUUCAUUGUGCAGAAUAACAGAACACAUUUGUGAGAGUAAAAACUACCUUUACUUGUAUGUAUAAUCCCCUGCUACACUAAUGCACUUAUCCCAGUGUUUCACUAGUGCUUGGAUACCAUCAAGUUAGAAAGAUUUCUCAGUUUCCAGAGCCAUGAUCUGCUUUAUACCUGGCACUCUGGGCUCCCAGGAACUCCUUAAAUGACCCAAACAUGUGAUCACUUAAGGAGAGAUCAGGACCGUAUGGGGGGUUGUGGUAAUAACUCCCGGCCGGCUUUCUGAGAUGUGCAAGUUGUGUGGUGGGCAGUAAGAUGUCCUGCAAAAUCAGAACCCUUUCGGUGAUCAAAUCAGGCAAUUCGCCCCCCACUCUCCAAAUGUUCACAGGAACGACGUCAGCGAGCUCAAGAGCCACUUCGGCAGGGAUCGUCAAUUCAAGGGAGUAUGGCAUUCUUUAAAGCAGUUGCACCGUUCAAAUGUUUUACUGCAGCUAAGAGUAAUUACCGCAAUGUACUUGGAGGCUUUCUGCCAUCAUUCACAUAAAAUUUUAUCACAAGUCCUGGUUUGACUUGAACACUCCUCCUAAUAUCAAUUCACCAUUUUUUUUAUUAUUCGUUUAAAUUUAAUUUCACUUUAUUUGAUCCCACAUUCCUGUCACUUCCCUCUUACAUUUUUUAAAUGUCAGGAUACCUACUAUUUAGCAACUGUCUCAGAUAAAUCUCUCUUACCAUUAAAUUUUUAUAACAUUUUCAUGCAGUUAGGUUUUUUAAUGUCGCUAAUUUCAAUUCUUACUUGUUUGUUAUAAUAUUCAAAGUCCUUUCAGUUUGGAGUUGAAUUUUACAGAAAAUAAUCGAUAUGUCCUGUUUGCGCACAUAAAAGGUAAUGUAGCCAUGAGCAGGACCAAACCUAAGUUGAUAAGGACUUGUAUACAUAUAUAAUGUGAGUGCUGACCCAACGAGGCUAAGUUCCUGGUUGAAAUUCACCCGAGACGCUAAUGAUGUACUGAGGAUCAUCUUAUUAGACGAUAUUCUUAGAGUUUUGUAGACCCGCCUCGUUGUCAUUCAGUGUUUCAUAUCGUGCUGUAAAUUUAAUGCCAGAAUUUGUGAGGCUUUAAUGAAGUCAUGUCUUGAGAUUUGUGCCUAAUUUUUGAUUAGACUGAAUUUCAUUAUCUGCAGUACUGGAAAUAAGAUAUCUUUGCUUAACAAACUGGUAACUGUUGACUAACUCUUACAGAAAUAUUUGACUAUAACAAGUAUAACUUAAUGCACUGUUUAAAAAAAAAGAGUGUGUACAAUAGACUAGCCUUUUUUUUUUUUUUCCAAGAGUUACAAAAUAGUUCUUACUUAUUUCCAGUGUAGUACUGUAACUGUUAAAAUUUUCAUCCUUUAUAAUCAUUCCUUAAUGUGACACAUUGCGAGCAUUUAGAAACAGCAGGGAUCGUUUUUAUGUCCCAGGUUUAACUGUCAGGACAGUCUUUUGGUCCAGUAUUUCCUGUUUUCCCAGAAAAAGGGAUCUUCGUCAGUAUUAAUUUACUGUAAAUUACAUAAUUAAUUAGGUGUGUGUGUGUGUGUGUGUGUGUGUGUGUGUGUGUGUGUGUGUGUGUGUGUGUUUUAAAAUAGACAGUUUUGAGUGCUGUUGCCUUAAAAGAAGUGACACUGGUGUAUGAGUCGUUGCUUAAAAGUUCCAGAGAGGUUUUCCAAAAAAUAGUUUCAAUAAAAGUUCCCAAAUGCCAUAGAAUGAAGUGCUUACUUUUUGGUAUGCCAGCCAUCCAUCAGUUUCGAAUGAUUAUUCUUAUUUCCAGAGAAUGAUAGGAGGGGAAAAAAUCUAUCUUUUGAUUUGCUUGCAGUUUUACCUUCUUAAUCCUUUACCAUUAUGAGAUAAAAAAAAAAAGUGCAUUAAACAGCAUUUCACAGUUAUAUAUGAAAUUUAUGUAUGUACAAAAUUUAUUUACAGAUAUGAAAGUAUAUAUAUGUUUUGGAAAUGACGUCUUUAGAAAUCACCUACGAAAAGCUUUUAAGGUACUCGCAGAAUUAGCGCAAAGGGAAUUUUAAAGAUCUUUUACUAUGCAGUACACAAGCUGCUGUCACUGCUAGUAUUUCGUGUUCUGUAAAUGAAAAUGUUUUUACUCAGAUUUCCCUGAUUAAAAAAGUCCUCUGAAGUUUUCA